UUUCUACAUGAAAGUAUCAGUGGAUGGAGAACACUCCUCUUGGUACCGUGCGUCUUCACGCAGAAAAGGUUUCCAUGCGAAUUCAGAUUCAAGUGGCAUCGUUGAACACGAGCUUCCAUUUGCCGUUCUCGCCAAGAAGAUCAUGAUCUUUCCAUACAAAUGGGCGAACUGGAUCUGUAUGAGAACAGAGCUGUAUGGCAUUUAUAUAACGGAUAACAUGUGCGCUGCAGCUGAUGGGGAAACUGUGACGGCACGGGAGUGUCGAGGUGAUAGAAAUUGUAGCCUCAAUGCCGACUGCAAACCACUGAAAAACGACAGCAUCAUCAAAACAAGUAGCUUUGCAAGAUGGUUUAAGCAUGCGCGAAGUGUGUCAUUGUCAUGAUGGUUACCAUGGAGACAGCUGUCAGCACGUGGGAUGCCAGCCGAAUCCAUGCCAUCACAAAGGAAAGUGUGUAAUGAUGGUGUCGAACUUCACAUGUAAAUGUAAAACGGGAUACCACGGUCGUUUGUGUCAGUGGCCCUGUCCAGUUGGAAAAUAUGGUAAAAACUGCACGCAAGCUUGUCAAUGUAGUCGUCAUGGUAGCUGUAACAUUGUCACUGGUCAUUGCGCCUGCGAGCCCGGUUAUUAUGGAUUGCGAUGUGAACGCGGGUGCCCUCGUGGUUAUUUUGGAGUGGACUGUCGAGAGAAAUGUCAGUGCGUCAAUGAUGCUGGUUGCGACAAUGUUAAUGGAACUUGUAACUGUUCCACAGGUUGGACUGGAGAAUUUUGUGACAAGCUGUGUGAGAAUGGCACGUGGGGGUUGCACUGUGAAAUGGUGUGCCAUUGCUCUGAAAACGCCUUGUCAUGUGAUCCUCUGACCGGUGAAUGUGUGUGUCAGCCUGGAGCGAGGGGAAAAACGUGCGAUGAGAAGUGUCCUUUUGGUACCUAUGGUCUAGAUUGUUCUGGUGUCUGUCAAUGUAGUGUUCAUGGUGUUUGUAAUGUCACCGAUGGCAGUUGUACUUGCGUAUCUCCCGGCUUUACUGGCGUUCUAUGUGACCAACGCUGCUCAAAUGGUUUCUAUGGUCUUCAGUGUAAAGAGAGAUGUCGUUGUGCCUCCAAUGCCGAAUGCGAUUUUGGUGAGGAUGUGUUAACUGCUCUCGACCUUGUCAACCUGGUCGUUGGGGUGCUGGUUGCCGACACGUUUGUGGUUGUAAAAAUAACGCAACGUGUGACAGGUACGGCCUUUGGUGUAUGCAUUACCGGUGACUGUGAGUGUAAAUCUGGCUGGCAUGGUCCGUUCUGCGACAGUAAAUGUCCAAACGGCUUGUGGGGCUCAUCAUGCAACCUCACCUGCGAUUGUCGAGGUCGUGGCUUUUGUGAUUCUCGUAAUGGACAAUGUUUGUGUGAUCGUGGCUGGACAGGACCGAACUGUACGAAUAGAUGUCAAAAUAACACGCAUGGACGAAACUGCCAACAAAAAUGCUCAUGUUUGAAUGGUGCGCAAUGUGAUCCCUUCAAUGGCACGUGCACAUGUUCACCAGGUUGGUAUGGUCGCACCUGUGCGCAGGCCUGUCCCUCCGGUUAUUUUGGCAAAGGAUGUAACAAGAAAUGCGAAUGUGCUAAUGGAGCGUCGUGUGAUCCAGUGCACGGCACGUGUUCGUGUACUGCUGGUUGGAGAGGUAGAAACUGCUCUCGCACCUGUUCAUCUGGCUUAUUUGGCACCGAAUGUGCUCAUUCUUGUCGCUGUGGUCAUCACGUGGACGUAUCGUGUAACCACGUGACUGGAGAAUGUUUUUGUGCUGCGGGUUACACUGGUCCUAGAUGUAGUCGAUCGUGCGAUCCUGGACGAUAUGGACUACGAUGCCUCAAGACAUGCGAAUGUCAAAACGAUGGCGAAUGUCGUCCGAAUGAUGGUCGGUGCAUCUGCUUGGCCGGGUUUAUAGGGGAUAAAUGCGAACACAAGUGCCCUCCAAUGACGUUUGGGGUGAACUGUACUUACACUUGCGGUAUGUGUGCCCAAAGUCAGUCGUCUUCCUGUGAUCACGUGACAGGAAAAUGCAUCUGCUUACCUGGUUACUAUGGCUACCAUUGCGAGAAUGAAUGUCCGGAAGGUAAAUACGGUCAGGAUUGUGCAUUGGACUGCGAGUGCGCAAACGAGGCUUCUUGUCAUCACGUGAACGGAACAUGUGAUUGCACGGAAGGUUUUAUUGGAAGAAAAUGUGAAAAGGCCUGUCCUCAAGGAAAGUUUGGUGCGAACUGUUUAGGAGUCUGUCUAUGUGAAAACGGUGCGUCAUGUGAUAAAGUAAAUGGGAAAUGUCUGUGUCUUUCGGGAUUCACAGGGAGUCGUUGUAUGGACAAAUGUCCCGACCGUUUAUGGGGCAUUGAAUGUCAAAACAAGUGCUCGUGUGAGUGGAAUCGGACAAGGAAAUGUCGAGGUGAUAACGGGCAAUGUCUUUGCCACGAUGGCUACAGAGGUGCCACUUGUCAACAGUUCUGCGAAGAUGGGACUUAUGGUGAAGAUUGCAAACAUCCUUGCCCGGUUUGUUCCCGACACGUGAUCGGCACGUGUUAUAAAAUUGACGGCCGUUGCCCCUGCUCCCCAGGUUACCGAGGACAUUUGUGCGACAGUGAUUGCAUGCUGAAGAAUUAUGGAAAGAACUGCGUAAAGCGCUGCGAUUGUGAUGUUGAUCACGUGUGCCAUCACGUGACUGGUGCUUGUUAUCUAACGUGUGUGGGAAGGUUUCAAAUCGUCAUCAAGGAAAACUUCACAAAGUUCGAUGAGAUGGUACGGCGAAAACAAUUGAAACUCAAUGUUGCCGUUUUGAUAGCCAAAUACAAUAACAUGUAUGAGGAACUACGUCAUCUCUCCAGACGAAGGAUUCCGGUCACGUCAAUUCAUGGAAAUAUAAGCAUCGUCAGCACGCAGAUAACGGAAACAAUUCAACCUGCAACUAGGCACGACUUUGUUGCACGUAUUUUAGAUCUCAAACCCGUAUUGACAUCGGAUGGCUCUGAAGAAGUUGUCGCAAUUAAUAUGGUUAUGUUCGAUGGCGAGAUCCUACUUAACGGUAGCAUUGUGAAGGAUGUGAUUUCAUGUUUGGAUGAAGAAGCUGUAAGCAAUAUCCUUGGAUGUACUUAUUAUUCCGGGGUGUUGUAUUCAGAGAAUGCCGUCCCUGGUUCUGUGUACUCUCCGCUGGUAAUUGGCGCGAGUGGAGGUUCUCUUGGCCUGGUGGUUUUGAUGAUAACAUUGUGGUUGUGCCGUAAACGUCAGCGACGUUUGAAGAAAAUAAAAUCGGAGAAAAAACGGCAAAACGAAGCGGAGAUGGAGAUAGAGUUGCGAACGCGGGGCAUCCGCCAUAACGGUUACAGAUUGGCUUUCGAUAAUCCUUACUAUGACGUCCUAGCUGCCAUGGUUUUGGAGGAGGACGUUGAAGAGGAUUACAUUAAUCCCCUAUGUGAUCUUGAUAGUAUGAUGAGUCAUCAAGGUAGUGACGAAAGCGUUAGCAGCGUCAACCAUUGUAGUAUUGACAGAGGCGAGAGUCUACAAUCUAUAUCGUACUGCUGA